CACAUAUCCCCGAUCUCUAACCCAACAUGCAUUAUUAUCAUCAAUCAUGAACGGGGCGGAGAAGUCUGCAGCUGGUGACACCUACGAUCCCAGUACGAUACCGGAUUACGACCGAGAAUUCAUCAAUCCCGAUGACUUGCGCCAAUUCGAGCUUGCCUUGACGGACCAGGGCGCGUCACCGCUCGUUGCCCUCAACGACUGGCGCCCCAUCUACCAACGGGUCAGGCGCGAACGUGGGCGCCGCAAAGAGCCUAGGCGGACCAAGGAUGAGACCAGAGAAGGUGUGCUAUACACAGUUUUGAAGUGGCCCUUUUUGUUCACCGUCUUUGGUUGGAUCACGGCCCUCGCCUUUGCCUACACACUCACCCGUGUCUACAUCUUCCUGUACGAGCAGUGGGUAACAUGGCGGGGCAGAAGGCAAAGCCUCAGAAGACAGUUACGCGCGCAAACGAAUUACCCCGACUGGCAAAAAGCCGCCCGAGCGCUCGACGAUCAUCUGGGGAAUCAGAGAUGGAAGGAGAUCGACGAAUACGCCUACUACGAUCAUCUUACGAUUAGCAACCUAGUGAAGCAGCUGAAGAAGGUGAGACGGGAGGUGGAGCGUGAAAGGCGUGAGAAACGUCGCGGCUCAGGCCAGUCACCUGCAGCUGAAGAAUUAUGCACACUACUGGAAGCGUGUGUCAAGAACAACUUCGCUGGGGUGGAGAAUCCCCGACUUUACAGUGAGGCUUACUCUGGUACCAAAAACUUGGUACAGGAAUACAUUGACGAGCUGCAUGCGUGCAUACAAUUGGUCGCAGACUCGAAGGGAAUCGGUAGCGAGGAGAAAUUACAGCAUUUCAAGCAUUUGGACACCAACUUUGGUCGAACCGCCCUCUGCCUGUCUGGAGGCGCUACAUUCGCCUAUUACCACUUUGGAGUAGUGCGAGCGCUACUGGAUAAUGGGGUUCUGCCGGAAAUAAUUACGGGCACGUCAGGAGGAGCGCUGGUCGCUGCGUUAGUUGCUACGAGGACCGACGAGGAGUUGAAGCAGUUACUGGUGCCUGCUCUAGCGCAUCGGAUCAGGGCAUGCCAGGAGGGCUUCCCGACUUGGGUAUGGCGAUGGUGGCGGACAGGAGCGAGAUUUGAUACUCUUGAAUGGGCCCGACAAUGUAGCUGGUUCUGCAGGGGCUCAACUACGUUUCGGGAGGCAUACGAACGAACAGGGCGCAUCCUGAAUGUAUCUUGUGUGCCAUCUGACCCUCAUUCGCCUACAAUUUUGGCCAACUACCUAACUUCACCUAAUUGCGUAAUAUGGAGCGCAGUGCUCGCGUCUGCAGCAGUCCCUGGCAUCCUGAACCCAGUCGUCUUGAUGACGAAGAAACGCGACGGCACCCUGGCGCCGUACUCGUUCGGACACAAGUGGAAGGAUGGCAGCUUGCGCACCGAUAUUCCCAUCAAAGCAUUGAAUCUUCACUUCAACGUCAACUUUACCAUCGUUUCACAGGUAAACCCACACAUCAACCUCUUCUUCUUCAGCUCCCGAGGCACCGUAGGCCGACCAGUCACACACCGCAAAGGUCGCGGCUGGCGUGGAGGCUUCCUGGGCUCCGCGAUAGAACAAUACAUCAAACUAGACAUGAACAAAUGGCUCCGAGUCCUGCGGCACCUCGAACUCCUACCUCGGCCCAUGGGCCAAGACUGGAGCGAGAUCUGGCUGCAAAAAUUCAGCGGCACAGUGACCAUUUGGCCCAAGACCGUCCCCUCGGACUUCUUUCACAUCCUCUCGGACCCCAACCCGGAGCGCCUCGCCCGCAUGCUCCGCGUGGGUCAGCAAAGCGCAUUCCCCAAGCUCCAAUUUAUCAAAAACAGACUAAAGAUCGAAAUCGCCGUCGUAAAAAGCUUACAGAAAUUCGCGCACGCCGGCGGCAGACCGAUCUCUCCGGCGCCAUCUCGCUGGCGCCCAAAUAACGACCCGGAUAACCACUACAAUCCCAGCCCCCGCACUGCCACCGAUCCCCUGAACGAACGCCUGGACCACAACCUUCCCGGACGACGCGGGGACAACGUUAACAUCACAUUCGGCGAAGGCGGCGGCAGCGGAGAAGACGCGCAUUUACUGGACGGAUCGCUGUCGGAGAAUUCAUCGAACGAACCUGCUGGGCGACCGACUUCUUCGGCUUCGUCUUCUCGGUUGCUGCGGGUCCCGGAACACCGUCGGGGUAGUACGGGGAGUAGUAUUUUUGAGGAGAUGAGACGGCAGUCGGCGGUUUUCUUUGAUGAUGUGGAUAUGUACGGUGAUGAUGAGGCGCUUAGGCCCGGAUGAGAGAAGACGUUCUUUUUCUUAUCUCUGUCUGUCUGUCUGUCUGUCUGUCUGUCUGUCUGCCUGGUGUGGUACUUUUUGAUGCGC